UUCUACGGACAAAGUUAUUUCUACCAUUUCCAAACGCACGGAUUUGAAAGUUGGUCUCGCUUAUCUCGCAACAAACCCUUUUCCUGCAAUUCUCGAAAAUGCAACGUUUUGUGGAUACUUUCAAGCUCCUCCGCCGCGGAGCUCAUACCAUUCCGAAGCAUCUCGAAUGCAUUCCGAAUGAACGAGAUCCGCCGUUCUCGAAAAUGGUAGAAUAUUGCUUUCACAAGGCCUGCAUUGUGCUUGAACCACAGCUAAUAGAAUCGAUGAGCAAGUAUCCUUCGAUGGCCCCAGAAAAGCGAGCCAAUCGGGUACAGGCAAUCUUGAAGAUCAUCUCGAACAACUCGAGUACACUAGAGUUUCAGUUUCCGUUCGUGCGUGACGACGGUCGGUAUGAAAUGGUUACGGCUUUUCGGGCCCAUCACUGCCUUCACCGUCUUCCAGUGAAAGGUGGUAUUCGUUACUCGAGCGAUGUUUGCAAGGACGAGGUCGAAGCACUUUCGGCACUGAUGACCUUCAAGUGUGCCUGCGUAAACGUACCUUUCGGGGGUGCCAAAGGAGGAAUCAUAAUCGACCCUGCCAAGUAUAGUGAGAAGGAAUUGCAAAGCAUCACCCGGCGCUACACAGUAGAGCUGGCAAAAAAGAACUUCAUCGGACCGGGGAUCGAUGUGCCGGCCCCGGAUAUGGGCACGACUUCGCGCGAAAUGUCCUGGAUAGCCGAUCAGUACGGGAAAACGUUCGGACAUCGCGACAUCAACACGAUGGCCGUCGUUACCGGCAAGCCACUGAAUCAGGGAGGCAUUCGAGGCCGUACAGAAGCCACCGGUAAAGGCGUAUACAUAGCGACUAAUUGCUUCACGCGUGAGGCAAGCUGGAUGCGGGAGAUCGGUCUCGAGCCCGGAUUGGAAGGAAAGACGGUGAUCGUACAAGGGUUUGGCAACGUUGGCCAAUACGCUGCAGAACACUUCCAUCGAGCGGGAUGCAAAGUUGUCGGCAUCAUCGAAAAGGAUGUUUCGCUUCACUGCAAGUCGGGAAUUGAUAUCAAAGCACUGAGUCGAUACAAAACACAGCAGAAAACAAUUAAAGGAUAUCCCAAGGCAAACGAAUUUAAUGGAGACCUGCUGCUAGAAGAGUGCGAUAUUCUCAUACCGGCCGCCAUGGAAAAAUCAAUCACUUCGGAGAAUGCCAAAAACAUAAAAGCCAAGAUCAUCGCCGAGGGAGCCAACGGACCCACGACACCGGCGGCAGACAAAAUUCUACAGGAACGCCGCAUUCUCGUCAUACCUGACCUGUACUGCAAUGCUGGCGGCGUUACUGCGUCAUACUUUGAGUAUCUGAAAAACAUAAAUCACAUCUCAUUCGGUAAGUUAUCCUUCCGCCAUGAAGCGCAGAAUUUGCGGGAGGUGCUCGCAUCGGUACAAGAAUCGUUGCGGAGUGCCGGAGUAUGUGUUACUGUAACACCCAGCAAGCACUUGAAGCAUUACUUUGAGCAUGCCAGCGAGGCCGAUGUGGUAACUUCCGGACUACAAUUUGUGCUAGAAACAGCUGGAAAAGGUAUUAUGAACGUUGCUUCGCAGCACCAGCUAUGUUUGGACAUCCGGACCGCCGCUUACAUCUGGUCGGUGGAGAAAAUUUUCAAAUCCUAUGAAGAAGCAGGACUUUCGAUGUAAAUGUAACAAGGCAUAUAGCAUUGAUAUCACGUAUUAUCAGUCCAAAUUUUAAUUCUUCUCAAUAAAUGUUUACAAUUUCUA